UAAAAGAAUUAAUAAAAAGGUAUUUUUAAUCUAUUUACAAAUUAAUAGGAAUAAAUUAUUGUUAGUAUGAAUUUGUUAGGAAUUUUCGGAGUUUUAAAAGAAUAACCUAAUCUUCACUUGACCUAGGGUGACUAUCUUUUGAAGGGAGUAUAAAAAGAAAAGGAAGGGAAUUUCAGAAAACCCUAAACCCUAUUCUUCUCCCUCUCCCAGCCGACCUUCCCUUUCAUUCUCUCUCCUCAGCCGAUUUUUCAUAUCUCUCCUUCUCUCUCUUUCGAAUUUUCUUCUCUCUCUUUCAGAUUUCUAUCUUUCUCUCUCGGAUUCUCUCUCAAACCCUCGCUGAAGUUUCCUCUCGCCUCCUCCUUCUAGUCGCCUGCGGUUGUGCGAAUUCAGGCGAGGGUGUGGUGCGAAGGGGUCGAAGGUUUUGUGCGGUUCGAGAGUUUGGUGCGAGCAACGAGGGUGUUCGUGUUUGUGGUUCGAGCGCGCGAAGGGUCGGGGUCGUGCGAGUGUAGCCGCGCGACAAAGCUGAGGGUGUGCGAGUGCGGGCGGUGUUCGAGAGGCUGCGAGAAAUCGUCGUCGGUAUUGUUCGUGGGUUGUGCGAGUUCCGUCGCACGAGGGUGUUCGAAAUUUGUUCGUGGUUUGUGCGAGUUCCGUCGCACGAGGGUGUUCGAGAGUUGCGCGAGGAUUGUGCGAACCAGCAAGGCUGGUGUGGGUGUCCGUGGGCGACGAGCGAAACCGGGCGAGGCUACUGUGCGCACGUGUGGCGUGGUGCUUCGGUCACCGGAGUUCUUUCGCCGGCGAAUUUAGCGGUCCCAAUUUCAUAAGCGGCUCGUUCUAUUAAGUCAGCGAAAAUUCUCCGCUACAAGACUAGGUGAGCUGGUGCUGCUGCAUGACAUCAAGCAUAAGGGGGCUAGACUGUAGUUUGGAGUUAACUUUUGGUUUGAUUAUUACUGAAUUUUAUAGAACAUUGUUACAUGGUUUGAGUUUGAAUAAAGAGGGGUCAACUAUGAUUCCGAGUUGUAUUUACAUUUUCUAUUCCGCUGCAAUUUGGUUUUGAGACAAUGAAUUUGAGUUACUGUAUUUCUAAUUAUGCCUUGCGUUCCAUCGCGGCGGUAACACUCCCAAAGUCGAUGCGACGUAGCUUUAGACGUGUAUGGAUUUUGGGGGUGUUACAAAACUGGUAUCAGAGCCAGAAGCUCCUAUUUUCAAAGACGUUUUCGAAACGAUUUCAAAAUGGGUAGUAUGGGCUAGGAGCAUAUAGAUCAUGUCAUGUGCAUUAAGUCAUAGGCAUGUUAUCAUUGCACCUUGUUUGUAUCUCGAACUUGUAUGUGCUCUCUGUGUAAUUGAAAUGGUGAAAGAUUCUUGAAAUCUUCAAAUGUGACUAGAUUAAGAGGGUGUACAAAGAUAGGCCUAAAUUGAUUAGACUCAAAACUUAUUUAAGUAUAAAAAACUAUUUUAUUGAUCGAAAUGAGCAUUUACCUCUUUACAAAAACUUAGACUAUUCUAUUUUGUUUUUACUUUCGCAGAUGGUUCACGACAUAGGUUGUAAGGACUUUUUGAUGAAACAAGUAGGGGAAGACUGGGAUAUGUGGUUCUUUAAAAUGAAGUCUGCUAUGGAUUACAGAAUUAUGCAAGGGGAACAGUGGUUACGAUCUGAGGGCUCUAGGAUACACUUCAUGCUUCGUUAUGUUCCAGACAUAGAGCCAUAUAGAUUUGUUCAUCGUAGGUAUGGGGAUAUGUGGACUACAGAGGGGUAUUUCAAUAGGAAUAAGCAUACCUACGGAUACCAGAACCUCCCUUCCGAAAAGCACUUCCUCACUGACCUUAAAUACUACAAGAAUGAGUGGAGGGUUCGUGAAACCAGGGGUCAAAACCCUUCUACUUCAUCUGAAGGGGAAAGUUCGAGCAAUAGGGCCAUAGAUGGGAAUUCUGAGAACCCAGGGGUCAUACCUGAACCGCCAUCAGCACCUGUGGCAAAGAGGCCAAGAUACCAGCCAUUUGAGGAUGAGUUAUUAGCUGAUGACUUUCAGAAUCUUAGGACAGUCACUUACGUCUCCGAUGAUGAAAGGAACAAUAGGACCUUCAUUAUAGUGUUGGGUGGAGUCCAGGUUGUACCAGGGUUACAUGGGGAGGAUGAUGAUGAUGAGCCACCUCCACUAGAGGAUGUACCAGUUGAGGAAGAGGACCCUGCUGAGAAUGAAGACCCUGUUGAGGAUGAGAAUCCUGUUCAGGAGGAGGAUCCCAUUGAGGAGGAGGAUCCCAUUGAGGAGGAGGAUCCCAUUGAGGAGGAGGAUCCCAUCGAGGAAGAGAUCCCCGAGGAAGACCAAGGACCCAUACUAGAGGAUAUAUUCUUUGAGGACGGCGAGCCUGAGGCAGAUGUGAUUGACCUUGAUGGAGGGAUGGAGGAUUCUGGAUCAGAGGAUGAAGCUCACCGCCUUAGCCCAUAGUUCUUGUGAGCAUAUAUGUAGGAUUAGGAUUUUUUUGUUUUAUUUUGAUCGUUUUUGUUCAUUUGUUAUGUUAGGGAUAAUAAGGCUUGCAUGCCGAUUAGGGAGUAACAUUA